UCGUCAACAAUCUUUGAUUCUACCUGUCUACUUAUCUAUCUUAAUGCUGUUAAUCAACAAUCGUUUGGUAGACUGCAUCAACAAAUCACACCACACAAUAUGAAGAGCCAGUUGACGACUCUUCGCGGUGCUCAGGGGUCGGUUGAAGCGCCAGAGACCGAGACUGAACAACAGCUGCAAUCAAUCUGGUCCUCAACCUUCGACGUCAACCCCGAUCUUGUUGGAAGGAACACAUCCUAUUUCGAGCUAGGCGCAGAUUCCAUCUCUGUAAUGAAGGCGGCUAGGGCGGCCAGAGCUAUCGGUCUACCCUUGGGCAUUUCAGACUUUUUCAGGUAUCCAAAGCUUUCUGAUCUAGCCAGGUUCGCAUCAGAAGCGGCAACUGGAGGAGUUGAGGAGCAGGUGGCGCCAUUUUCGUUCAUCCCACUUGAUGCUGCUCUGGAGCUGCGACGAGAAGCCGCGCAACAAUGCAACACCUCCCCAGCGGAUGUCGAAGACCUCUACCCAUGCACUCCUCUCCAGGAAGGCUUCAUCUCAGUCUCAUCCAAGCACGACUCUUCGGAAGCGUACAUCAGCAGAAAGGUAUUCAACUUGCCUAGCCACAUCAAUAUGUUCCAGUUCGAGGAGGCGUGGAACAUAACGGCUCUCGCACAUCCCAUUCUCCGAACCAGACUCGUCAACACCGCGAACCAUGGAUUGCUCCAAGCUGUGAUCAGAGGCCCUCUAUCUUGGAGCUUUGGAAGCGAUCUAGAUGGAUAUCUGGCUGGAGAUGCGCAACAACCGAUGACCUUCGGUACGCCUCUGUUCCGGUAUGCCCUGAUAGACAUUGAGUCAGGUGCACAGAGGAACCCCGUCUUCGUCUGGACUAUUCACCAAUCCGUUUACGACGGAAUAUCGAUUUCCAUCAUCCAGGAGGCGCUCUGGAGAGCCUAUAAUGGCCAGAGCGUCAGCCCCUCUCCCCCAUUCGGCAACUUCAUCAAGUCUCUCAAGGGCAUCGAUGAUAAGGCUUCCCAGACUUUCUGGUCUUCCUAUCUAGAUGGGCCAGACCUCUCAUUCUUCCCGUCGGUCCCAUCCUCGAUCUCGACUCCUAGGCCUGACUCAACUGUGGUGCGCAAAUUCCCUUGGGCUUGGAGGCCAACGAAUGGUCUCAACACAUCUACACUCUUGAAAACUGCUUGGGCCUUGGUUGCGGGCAAAUACUCUGGCUCCCACGAUGUCAUCUUCGGAAACAUUCGCAGUGGCAGGAAUUCCCCAGUACCUAUUCCUGGCCUUGAUGUCGUUACCGGCCCUGUCAUAGCGACUGUUCCGGUUCGCAUCCGGUGGGAGCCCAAGAUGACAAUCAUGGAGCUACUUGAGGUCGUUCAACGAGAAGAGUCGGACAUGCGGCACUUUGAGCAAACGGGCCUGCAAAAUAUUGCGCGCAUCAGCUCAGAUGCUCGAGGGGCAUGCCAGUUCUCCUGUCUCUUUUUGGUACAACCUCCUGCUACUGCCGACCAGACCAAGUUGACAGAAGUCUUUGGUGUCGAGGAUCACGAAAAGUCUUUGGAAUAUGACGACCAUCCUCUGUCAAUCAAGUGCGAGAUUGACAAACAGCAACUACGCGCCGUCGCCACCUUUGAUAGCCGCGUUCUGCACGAGGAACGACUUGGGCGAAUCGUCACCCUUUUCCAGCAGACAGUCUUGUAUCUGAGCAGUAACCUCCAGUCUCAGAUCUCCUCCCUGAACCUGGUCACCGAUGCAGACGUCCAUCAGAUUCAGGAGUGGAACGCGAUACCACCGACGGUCGUCCGGAGACAGGCGCAUGAUCUUUUCCGCCACCAAGCUAGACUGCGUUCAACGCACACUGCCCUCAGCUCCUGGGACGGCGUGAUGACAUAUGCUCAGCUUGAUGAUGCCUCAGACCGCCUCGCAGGUCAUUUGCAUGCGCUCGGAGUGGGCCCAGAUGUCUUGGUCCCCAUCUGCUUCGAGAAGUCUAUUUGGGCUGUUGUCGCGAUGCUCGGUGUUCUGAAGGCCGGUGGUGCUUUUGCUGUCGUCGAACCCUCACACCCUCUGGACAGGAAAGAGGUCAUUGUUCGGCAACUCGGUGCCAAAGUUGCUGUGGUGGCGCCUUCGACCGAGUCACUGUUCCCGUCGGGUUGCGUAAACACACUCGUCGUCUGUGAUGCUUCUAUUCUGAAGCUGCCGCUUCCAAGAAAACCCCUGCCGAAUGGCAGCCCAGACAACGCUAUGUAUGUCAUCUUCACAUCUGGGUCGACGGGCACCCCGAAAGGAUGUGUGACCGAGCAUUGGGCUUUCUGCUCUGCCAUGUACGAGUUUGGUCGUGACAGCGGCUUGCGAUCCGACGGUCAAGUCUUGCAAUUUGCUUCUUACAGCUUCGAUACCAGCUCAGAGGAGAUUUUCUGCACACUUUUUGCCGGCGCUACCCUCCACAUUCCUUCGGAAGCAUCACGUAUCAACGACCUGGCCGGUGAGAUUCGUCGGACCAAGACCAAUUGGGCCGAGCUCAACCCCAAGGUUGCUUCCCUCCUCACUCCUGAAGAAGUUCCCUCUCUCAAGACCAUCAUUCUUGGAGGUGACCGAUCUCAUGGAAGCGAUGUCAGUCGAUGGCCCGAGAGCACCAACCUCCUCAACUCGUAUGGUUGUACCGAGGCGUCCGUCACGUCAACCCUCAUCCCUCUGAACAAACGGAGCAACGAGGAGCCCCCCAUCGGCAAAGGUGUCGGCUGCAAUCUUUGGGUUGUUGACCCUGACAAUCAUGAUAUGCUCGUCCCCGUCGGUGCACCGGGCGAGCUCUUGAUUGAGGGGCCGGGUCUUGCUCGUGGCUAUCUCGGAGAUCCUGAACGCACCGCCAAGUCCUUCAUCUUUGAUCCAUCUUGGGCUAAUGAUGGAUCUGGUAGACGGCGUCGCUUCUACAAGACUGGUGAUCUUGUGCAUGCCAACGAAGAUGGUGCCGUUUUCUACCAUGGCCGCAAAGACACACAGAUCAAGCUCCGAGGUCAACGCGUGGAGCUUGGUGAAAUUGAGCAUCAGCUGGCCCAGGCACUCCCGGAUUUCGAUGUGUCUGCCGAGAUCGCAACGAUGCAGGCCAACAGUCAAGCUCCCGACACUCUCGUCGGAUUCCUUGUUUUCCCCAACGAUGAGGAAGAGUCUGCCGAGGUCACCACAUGUCUGGAUGCUGUGACUGUCGACAAAUUGGCUACCAUCAGGCCCAAGCUCAUUGCAGAUCUCUCGCGCUCUCUGCCAGCCUACAUGCUCCCAACUCUCUUCGUUCCCAUCAACAGAAUGCCCUUGACUAUCUCAGCCAAGGCAGAUCGCCGGAAACUUCGUGCUCUCGCACAAGGACUGCGUCCGGAAGAUCUCUCACUGUUGCAGGGAACUUCGGAUGUCAAGGAGCAGCCACAGUCCCAAGCCGAAGUCGACAUGCAGGCGGUGUGGGCUGAAGUCCUCGGCGUCAAGACCGAGACCAUUGGCCUCGACGACAACUUCUUCCGACUCGGUGGAGAUUCAAUCACUGCCAUGAAGAUGGUUCCCGCUGCACGGCAACUCGGUCUUCAAAUCUCUGUUGCCGACGUUUUCCGCGCUCCCAUCUUGAGGGACCUGGCUUCCCAAGCUGCCGCAAGCGACCAGUCGUCUCUCGUGGAAAAGAUCCCUGUAUUCUCUCUCAUUGACCAAGAUGAGAAAGAGACAAUCAUUGUUGAGGCAUCCAAGCAGUGUGGAGUUAGACCUGAAGAGGUUGAGGAUGUUUAUCCUUGCACACCUCUUCAGGAGGGACUCAUGUCGCUUUCCGCGAAGCAGCAUGGCUCGUAUAUCAUGCGUCAAGUCUUAGUGCUGUCGACAGACAUCCGCAUGGCCGACUUCCACCAGGCUUGGGAGCAAGUUGUUCAGGCGCACCCGAUCUUGCGGACGCGGAUUGUCAGUGUGGGCUCCAGCAUGUAUCAAGUCAUCACCACUCGGUCACUGUCGUGGGACACCAGCAUCGACCUCGACCACUACAUCGCGCAUGACGAUGCCCGAGAGGUCGAAUUUGGGGCACCCCUCAGCCGUUACGCCAUCAUUCCUUACUACGAUCGGUUCUUCUUCGUCUGGACGUUGCACCACUGCGUCUUUGAUGGCUGGUCACUCCCACUGCUCUUCAGUGACCUCUCAAAGGCUUACAACAAGACUUCACGCGGAGACGCGGAGAUUCCGGGAUUCAACGCCUUCAUCAAGCAUCUGAACGGAUUGCGCAAAACGGAUUCAGACGCCUUCUGGUCAUCCUAUCUCGAGGGCCCGAGUACCACAUUCCCUGCUUCUCUGCUCCCGAAUCAGACUGCCCAGCCUAGUGCAAGACAUGACGAAAACAUUGGCUUCUCUGUCAACGCAAUUGGCGGCAUCACUUCAUCUAAUAUUCUGCGCGCUGCCUGGGCUUUACUCACGCGAAGCUACACCGGCGAUUCGGAUGUCGUCUUUGGCAUCACAGUCAACGGCCGCAACGCACCUGUUCCUGGCAUCGAUCGAAUGAGCGGCCCAACCAUUGCUACUGUCCCUGUCCGUGUCCGCUGGGACUCGAAGGGAAGCACCACCAUCCGUACCUUGCUCGAGUCGGUACAGCAGGAUGCCACAACCAUGAUUCCGUUUGAGCAGACAGGUCUGCAGCGCAUAUCACGCCUGCACGAGGAUGCCCAAGCUGCUUGUCAGUUCGGCACUCUGUUCGUUGUCCAACAGGAUGACAGUGAGGAACACGAAGCCGUCGCCAACAUCAUGGAGCUCUACGACGCGUUCGAGGUUACUUCAGCCCAGUUCACUACCCAACCAUUGUUGGUUGAGUGUGUUGCGGAGGCUUCAUCAAAGACCUUCUCCCUCCGGAUGAGCUACGACCCAAAGCUGCUGGAUUCGGUAUUAGUUUCCGGAAUGGCGCAGCAGUUCAAGCACAUUCUGUCACAGCUAGUCGAGAUCGAGAACCUCGACAAGCCAAUCGGUGACCUCCAUCUCAUCAACCCAGCCGACCACAACCAGGUCAUCAAGUGGAACGAGGGACGAGUCAAUCCUAUCCACAAGACCAUGCACGACCUUGUGGCUGCCGCCGCCGUCGCCAAUGCGACACGCCCUGCCAUCAGCGCCUGGGAUGGCGAUGUGACGUACGCGGAACUUGAGGCGGCAUCUGCGCAAGUUGCUGGUCGACUCCGUAGUGUCGGUGUUGGUAGCAGUGGCCCAGGUGAGAUGGUCUUGCUGUGCUUUGAGAAGUCCCGAUGGGCUAUUAUCUCGGCACUCGCCAUUCUCAAGUCCGGCGCGGCAUUCGUGGCUCUUGACCCGGCUCAACCAGAUGACAGACUCGCAACCAUCAUGAAGCUUUCCAAGGCCCGCCUGGUCUUGACUUCCAAGAGCCUCGAGGAGCGCUUGAUACGCCUCUCAAAGAAUACACCCAACGUCGUAUGCACCUCGGAGCUUGUCGCUUUGGCAGAUACCGCCGCUCCCUUUGUCAAGCGGCACAAGGCUUCUGGCAGUGACGCCCUCGUCAAGGGAGUCAUCUCAUCUCCUGAAGACCUUGCCUAUGUCAUCUUUACUUCUGGCAGUACUGGUGUACCCAAGGGUGUCAUGAUCAGUCACCGCGCGGCAUCUUCGAGUAUUAUGGCUCAUGCUGAGCGCUUCGGGGUCGACUCUUCCAGUCGUACGUUACAGUUCUCGUCCCUGACCUUUGAUGCUUGCAUCUUCGAGAUCUUCACAACGCUCGCUACUGGCGGCUGCAUCUGUAUGCCUUCAGAUGCCCAGCGUGUGGAUGAUCUUGCAGCAGCCAUCAGCUCCUAUUCGAUCAACACCGUCAUGCUCACCCCAUCCGUUUUGGCGUUGCUUUCACCAGAGGACACACCGUCGCUACGCUCCAUCAUUUUCAUCGCCGAGCAAGUCACCGACAACGAUAUCUCACGCUGGUCUAGCCAAUGCCGUAUCCAAAAUGGAUACGGACCUACAGAGUGUACCGUCGUCUGCGUCGUCAACCCGGAUCUUCGUGACGGUGGUCGAAUCGGUCACGCCGUCGGUUGUCGUGCGUGGGUCGUUGAUGCCGAUGACACCGACAAGCUGGUGCCGAUUGGAUGUGCCGGUGAGCUCCUCGUUGAAGGCCCAAGUCUCGCCAUCGGAUACCUCAAUGAUGCGGAGCGGACGGCAGCAUCGUUCAUCUUCAAUCCUGCUUGGGCACUCAGCGACGAGCCUUCGGCAACCCGUCGUUUCUACAGGACAGGUGACUUGGUUCGGCAGACAAGCAAUGGUUCCUUCAUCUACCUCGGACGCAAGGAUACUCAGGUCAAACUUCGUGGUCAAAGGAUCGAGCUCGGAGAGAUCGAUUUCCAUCUUCGCCGCGCUCUCACAUCGGCUACUGUACGAUCAGAUAUCGUUGAUCUUCAGCAGCAGAAGGCUGGUAGCGGUAUGCUCAAAGCUCUUGCUGCCUUUUUCGUCCUCGAUGGUGUCGACGUGAACAUCGAGAGCAACGAAGGUAUAAGUGCUGGAUCGCUCAAGAAAAUCGGAGAAGCCGCCUCAACUGCCGUGGCUGAGCUGGCUCGCUCUGUACCACCAUAUAUGGUCCCUUCAAUCUUCAUCCCCAUCUCCAAGAUGCCUCUCACGGUUUCCGGAAAGACCGAUCGACAGCGACUCAAGGCCAUCGCGGCGAAGAUCCCCCACAAGCACCUCGAUACCUUGCGAGCCCUUCAGCGCGGAGCUACCGGUGACGGGCCGAAGGUUGCACCUCGGAACGAUAUCGAAAGACGCUUGCAAUCCGCCUGGUCGACCGUCCUGCAACUGGAUCCUGAGAGCAUCGGCGUCAAUGACAGCUUCUUCCGUCUUGGUGGAGAUUCUAUCUCUGCUAUGAAGCUUGUCACGGCUGCACGAUCAGUCGGUAUCUCCAUCACCGUAUCAGACAUUUUCCAGACGCCCGUUUUGGCAAACCUUUGCCGUUGCAGCGGCAGCGAAAGCGAUGAGAUCGAGGUCAUUCCACCAUUUUCUCUCAUCCCAGCAUACGACACCCUCAUGCAUCAAGAGGCUGCUCGACAGUGUGGUGUGACUCCUGAGGCGCUCGAGGACUUGUAUCCUUGCACUCCACUCCAACAAGGUCUUAUAUCUCUCUCGGUCAAGGAGGAGGGAUCCUACAUCAUUCGAGAGAUCUUCCGCCUCCGCAGUGUGCGCAUCAGCCGGUUCCAGAAGGCUUGGGAGUACGUCGCAAGCAUCCAUCCGAUUCUACGCACCCAACUCGUGCAUCUCGAUACCUACGGAACUCUCCAGGCCGUGAUCAACACCAAACACGCAAUUCGGUGGCGCACGGCUUCCUCUCUUCAGGAGUAUCUUGCUCAGGACGAGAAAGAGACGAUGGGUCUGGGCACGGCUCUCAGCAGGUAUGGUCUCGUCAUUCCGACCAACCCAGCCGAUGACGCCAUCUUCAUAUGGACUGCGCACCACGCCAUGUAUGAUGGUUGGUCGAUGCCCAUCAUCAAGGAGGCCGUUGCCACGGCCUAUAUGGAAGUGAUGCUCCCCGAGGCUCCUGCUUUCAACACAUUCAUCAAGCACAUCCAGGGAGUUGAUGCCACAGCCGCUCAGUCCUUCUGGAAGUCCUACUUUGACGAAGCAGGGGCAUCUCCUUUCCCAGCCGUCCCGCAUGGAGCCUCACUGGAGUUCCGAGCCGACAGGUCCGAGAAGGUCAACCUGUCCUGGAAGUCACAGCAACGCGAUGGGGUCACCGUGUCGACCGUUCUUCGUGCAGCAUACGCCAUUGUCGUUGGAACGUACACCGGUUCCUCUGACGUUGUCUUUGGCACAACCUUGAGUGGCCGCAACGUUCCUGUGCCUCGUGUUGAAACCAUUGUUGGACCAACCAUCACAACUGUACCAGUCCGGUUGUCUUGGGAUGCCAACAUGACAGCACAGGAGCUCCUCCAGAACGCGCAGCGCCAAGCCACGGAGAUGAUGCCCUUCGAACAGAUGGGUCUGGUCAACAUCGCAAAGAUUAGCGAAUCAGCCAAGAGAUCGUGUCAGUUCCAGAGCAUCUUCGUCGUUCAGCCCGAGAAAGAGGAAGACAGCGCUGCGUGCGAGAGUCUCUUUGGUGAUCCGCUGGAUCCCAACAGCGCCCCCAGCGGCGAGGAAACUGCCUCUCCUCAGACCUACCCGCUUGGCAUUGAGGCGACGGUUGAAGGCAACGAACUUAAACUGUCUGCCACCUUUGAUAGUCGCAUUAUCGAUCCUCCCGAGAUGCGCCGGAUCUUGCACCAGGUUGGGCAUGCCGCCUCACUUCUCGAUCAAAACCCCAACGUUCCCAUCUCAGCGUUGAAUCUGGCUGGCAAGUCGGACCUGUCUCAGAUCCAAGCAUGGAAUGCCCGAGGUCCUCCUGCCGGAGUACGAGAGGCCGUGUACACCAUCAUUGGUCGCAAUCCCUCCUCGGCGCCCGCUGUGAGUGCUUGGGAUGGCGACUUGACAUAUGCCGAGUUGACCAGGCUCUCCAACGGCUUGGCCUAUCGCCUCCGCGGCAUGGGAGUCGGCAUCGGCGCCGAAACUGUGGUUGCUUUCAGCCACGGGAAGUCCAAAUGGGUCCCCGUCAUCAUGCUUGGUAUUCUCAAGGCAGGCGGUGCAUUCGUUGCUCUGGAUGCUGCUCAGCCUGAAAGUCGUCUCAAGUUCAUCGUCGAAGAAGCCAGAGUGAGCGUCCUUCUCACUUCACCUGAGCUGGCACAACGUCCCUCGCUGGCGAGUCUACCUGUCACUCCAGUCUUUCCAGCGUCACUUGAGUACUCGACGGAAGAGAAGGAGACCACUCCGCCACCUGCUCACAGUGUCUCUCCACCUGACUCCCUGGCAUAUGUUGUCUUCACGUCUGGCAGCACGGGUGUGCCCAAGGGAGUGAUGGUGUCUCAUUCUGCUGCAGCUUCCAGCACUUUGGCCCACGGUUCCGCCAUGGGAAUCACUUCGGAGAGUCGAGUACUACAGUUCUCUUCUUACACAUUCGAUGCUUGUGUGCUCGAGAUACUUGGCACACUGCUCGCUGGAGCUUGCGUUUGCAUCCCAUCCCCCGAGGAGGCUUCCGAAGACUUGAACACAGCAGUCCGCAAGUAUGGCGUCAACUUCGCGGCCCUAUCACCGCGAGUCGCGUCUCUGCUCCGUCCCAAAGAAGUACCAGCUAUCAAGGCUAUCGCUCUGGGUGCUGAGGUUGUCACGAGCUCAGAUAUCCAGCGAUGGGAGGGGCGCCGUGUGAGUAAUGGCUACGGCCCGACCGAGUGCACCGUUGUGUGUGUUUUGGAGUCCAACAACCACAAGCCGGGACGCAUUGGAAGAGGUGUCGGCUGCAUCUGCUGGAUCGUGGAUCCUGAAGAUCCAAACAAGCUGGCACCUGUUGGUGCGCCUGGCGAGCUUCUUGUUGAAGGACCAUGCCUGGCCCGCGGAUAUCUUCAUCAGGAAGAAAAGACCCGCGCCGCUUUCGUACAAGAUCUUGCCUGGACACAAGGUUUCCCCAGUCCUAGCAACAGACCCAGACGCUUCUACAAGACUGGCGACAUUGUGAGGUACGACUCAGACGGUGGCAUCUUGUUCAUCGGCCGCAAGGACAACCAAGCCAAGCUCAGGGGUCAGCGCAUUGAACUCAGCGAAGUUGAGCAUCACCUCAGUCGCGCACUGCCUGACUGCCAGGUCGUCGCCGACAUAGUGAGCUUCCCUCAGCAGAAGAACGACGCCAUGGCCUUGGUUGCCUUCGUUGUGCCUUCAACUAGCAAGGCAUCAGGCAAUUCUCCCGCCUCCAUGCUUCCGCUCGACAGCGACGCAGUGAAGGCCUUUGCCCAGGCUUGGUCAAAGGCAACCGUGGAGGUAUCGCAUGCGGUGCCGCUCUACAUGGUUCCCACGCUCUACAUCCCCCUUGACUCAAUCCCGCUCACUACGUCGAGCAAGGUCGAUCGCCGCAGACUACAGGCGAUUGUCGCAGAAGUCACUGCCGAACAACUGGAUCUUCUCCGUGGUGUGCAAGGUGUCAAAGAAGUUCCCCGUUCGUCUUUGGAGAAGAGCAUGGUGUCUGCUUGGGCCCAGGUCCUUGGACUUGAUACGAGCAAGAUUGGCAUCCGGGACAGUUUCUUCCGUCUCGGAGGAGAUUCCAUCACAGCAAUGCGCCUGGUGCCAAUCUUGGCCGAGGGUGGUCUCACGCUUCGGGUCUCGGAUGUCUUCAAGUAUCCCGUUUUGGCCAGUUUGUGUCGCCAUCUCCAAGGGGACGAAGACCGCACAGACGGGUCUUCUUCGACAGACGAAUGGUCAGAUCUUGGCGGUAGUCAGGAUCUUACUCCAGACGCUGAGCACCUCGAUGACGAGGCUCUGCAGGUUGCCAUUGCUGGAAACAUCGCCAUUGGCUCCGAGUUGUCUUCAACAGCACAGGCUUCUUCACACAGUCCUGCUGAAUACCACAUUACGCCGGCAUCAGACUUCCAAGCGCUUGCCUUUGAGUUCUCCCAGCUUCGGAACCGCGGGUUCUUGAACUACUUUGUCCUCCGCUUCCUCGAUCGCUUCAGUCACGAACGCAUCCGCAACGCCUGCACACAACUGGUCCAGCAUCACUCGAUCCUUCGCACCAAACUCAAACUCGCCAACGGCCGCCUUUGGCAGCUUGCAGCUUCUGAGACGUCUUUCCAGCCCAGUUUCGAGUUCUUCCGCGUCAACUCGGAUGAUGUUUUCUCCUUCACAACCCGCUUGAUCGAAACUGAUGAGGCCCGUCGCUUGGGUACCGAUGAGAUGCCUACUAAAUUCUUCAUCGUCGAAUCAGCCUCACAGACUCAGCUCGUCAUGAGACUUGCCCAUACGCACUACGAUGGCCUGUCCUUCCCACUGCUACUUCAGACUCUUUCGCAGGCCUUGAAUCGUCGUGAACUAGCACCCGAAGUCUCCUUCGCCAAAUUUUCUUCAAGCCUCCAGGCUCUCCCAUCUCGGCACUCAAUGUCAUACUGGCGACACCUCCUCGAGAACUCCCAGAUGACUCAAGUCAUCACCCCUGCUGCUGUCAUCGCCAACGACGGCAUUGAGGGUCACAUUACUCGCCUCGUGACCCUGCCGGACCUAUCCCAAGCCAGCGCGACCUUUGCCAGCGUUCUCAAAGCCUCAUGGGCCAUCGUUCUUGCUCAACAUACGGGUCUCUCCGACGUUGUCUUUGGUUGCCUUGUGUCUGGUCGAUUUGCUCCGAUCUCCGGCAUCGAGUCCGCGGUAGGACCUUGUGUCAAUCUAUCCCCUGUCCGCGUCAACAACAUCUUGAAGGAUACCAGCACGCGCGCUUUCCUGCAGGCCGUUCACGCUCAACAUACCAAGAGCAUGGAGCACGAGCACAUCGGGUUCCGUCGCAUCAUCACAGGAGCCACAUCUUGGCCAGCUCGUACAUCCUUCACGGGCGCGUCCAUCGUGCAGCAUCAGAACAUCCCGUUGGCGGAGGAGCUUAAUGAGACAACGCCUGACUUGCCCUUUGAGUUGAGCGCCAAGGGUAGCAAUUCGAAUGCGGCUGCCAUCUGGAUCAUUACCACUGCUCGCCCUUCGGAGGGUCUUUUGAGCAUUGAAUUUACCCACGCCCUCCACGCCAUCAACCACAACACUGCCGAGACUCUUCUGCAGGCACUCUGCGUGGCUAUUGAGCAUUUCGGUCACCACUGGGACUCCGAGGCGCCGCUUCCCGACACUCGAAGCCAGAAAACCAAGAACAAUGGUGAGCCACUUUUGCUCGGGGGCUCAGGUGACGAUGUCGAUGAGUCUGUCUCAUCUGCCGACAUCCCGGUUCCUGACGAGCAUGCACGCGAGAUUGUCAAUCAGGCAUGGAGCUUGCUGCGGAAAGCACAUUCGCGAGACAAAUUGUCAGAGGAAACCCCUCUCUCCAUUUUUGACGUGUGGAAUGACAACCUCGUCGCUGUGGCUUUGAAGGGCAUUUAUGAGAGUCUGGACGUCUUCCUCGAUCUUGAGCAACUCCUCCAACAUCCAACGAUGGAAUCACAGGCAGGCUUGCUUACUUUUCUGGGUUUCUGA